AAUUGAUUAGCAUAUCUGUAGGAAAGUUUGUAUCUUCGAGAACUUUGUUGGACUCACCAAACUUCAUUCCACGUUGUUGCACUGUUAAACUGAUGUUUCCCUUGGUCCAUCGGUGAUCUCUGGCUUCGUCCCGUCGGGAGGAAGUCCCAGAACUCCGUAAUGGAUUAGGGGAUCUCAUAGGUGCGAGAAAUCCUAGCUUGAGCACCGUGAAUUCGUUCUACACAUUCGUCGCUCUAGUAGUUUCUACCUCUAAAGAAUUACUGAGGUCAGCCUAUAACAUGGCACAGAUUCCAGGCGUUUUUAAUGCCGCUCAAUAUUUUGGUGGUUCUAGCCAGAAUAAAGGUCAACAAGACUCAUUUUGGAACCACCAAUCAAGCAGUGAAAAUCAUUUCACAGGAUCAGAAGCUCUGCAAAACUCUUCUGAAGUAGCAACAUCUCUACCAGGGAACGUGGAUCCUUUUAUGAGUAGUACACAGAAUGAAUUUGAUGGUUGGGAUGAGUGGCCAGUUGAAUUAGAUGUAUUGCUUGGCAAUACUAUCGCCCAUCAUUAUGAUUCGGAAAACAUGGAGGGUUAUAGUGAUUCUCAACUUGUUGUUCCUCCACACUACAAGGACGAGUUGACAGGGAGUACUACUUCAUCCUCACAGUCAUCUCCAGCCAUAAUGGAUAACAAUCAUGAUCAAAGUACAUGGGUUGAGGAAGAAACCUCCCCAUACAGUUACCCAAAAGUCGCAAAUAUUGUUAAUCAGUCUAUGACUCCACAAAUGGAUUCUUCACAAAGAUCAUCCUCUGGGGCUGACUUUUUUGAUUCCUUUCAACCUGAUGCAGCGGUGCAGAGAAGCUUUCCCGAGGGAAAUCAACAUGACAGGAACAAUUUGACCACCACAGAAUCACCUGUACCAAGAAUGGAUCAUGCAGGGGUUGGGGAACAAAACACCACAUAUACAUAUUCAGAAUAUCCUCGGCUUAUAACACCACAGACUGCAUCACAGCAGAAUUCUGCAAUUGACUGGUUCAACCAGCCUGAUGGGUCUGCUCAGAUGGGCUCCUAUCACCAAGAUAGUUCCUCUAGUGCCCCUCCUUUGAUGAAUCAGCAAUGCAAUAGUGAACCUUACCCACAGAUUUGGAGCCAAGAACCUGAAUUAAGCAGCUGGUUCAACCAAGAAGAUGAUGUUCCUGCCUCAGCACCUUUGCAAAAUCUUGGAGAGCCUCAAGACAUGGGAGAUAGCAUACUGGCCCCAAAUACAAGUGUUGAGCACAAUGGAGUUUUCUCACCUGCUACCUUAAUGAAUACUUCCUCUGAAUUAACUGAGCCAAGCCAGGAAAUUGAGAAAACACGACUGCAGUCUUCAGGCCAGGUUCCUUUAAAAGAACUUCCAUUUGGCUUUGUUGAACCAAGUGCAGCUGUUGAACCAAUGCAACAUUGUCCACCAUUGUGUCAAGCUCCGCCAAUGCAGCAGGGUCCACCAAUGCAGCAGGGUCCACCAAUGCAGCAGGGUCCACCAAUGGAGCAAGCUCCAUCAAUGCAGCAAUAUCCACCAAUGCAGCACGGUCCACCAAUGCAGGAAGGUCCACCAAUGCAACAAGGUUUACUAAUGCAGCCAGGUUUGCCCAGGGAGCAAGUUUUUUCAAUGCAGCAAGCUCCACCAAUACUGCAAGCUCCACCAAUACUGCAAGCUCCACCAAUGCAGCGAGCUCUACCAAUGCAGAAAGAUUCAUCAGUGCAGUAUACUCCACCAUUGCAGGAAGCUCCAUCAAUGCUGCAAGCACCACCUAUGCAGCAAACUCUACCAAUGCAGCAAGCCCCACCAAUGCAGGAAGCUCUACCAAUGCAGCAAGCUCCGCUAAUGCAGCAAGCUACACAAGUGGAGCAAACUCCACAGAUGGAUUCUUGUUCUUCAGAAGGGACACAAUCAACUCAGAAAGAGCCAGAUGCAAAAGUGAAUUCUUUAGACCUCGAGGUAUCUGCAAAGGAAUCCUCAAGCCUUGAAGAACACUUGUUUGCAGAACCGGACAGUCCUCGUGAUGUAUUUCAGGCUGCUUUUCUCCAGAAGCAGCUGGCUGGGAAGGCACCUGCUUCUUCGCCUCGGACUUCUUUGUGGAUGAAUAGUGCUCAUCUGCCAACACCCUGUGUUCUAGCUCCUGCUGCAGUGGCUUCAACUGACUCAUCUGAGCCACAUGGAAAUGAAAGAUCUUAUUCACCUGAAAAACAGCUGAUACCUCCAACAGGACAAAUGCAGCAAAGAGACCUUUCACCCGCAUUGCAGCAACUGCCACCACCCACAAAUGUUCCACCUGAUGUUAUUCAACAAUCACAUCCAGUUCUACCUCCUAAAAGUCCAGAGUCAAUCAUGCCACAUGUGUUGGCGACAUCCAAUGGUCUUGAUCAGAGAAUGGCACCUCCUUUGCCAGCUGCUCCUCCAACUCAUGUUGGUAGGGAGUCUGUCACCUACCCUUAUGUAAAUCGACAACCAGAUGUCCAGCCAUGUGCAGCUGAUGUUUCCUUCAAUGCUCCCAGUGGUCUUGAUCAAAGAAGGUCACCACCUCUCUCUUCUGAUUUGUCUGCUUAUGUUGGUGGGGAGUCUGUCCCUGACCCUAAAGUAAAUCACCAACCAGAUAUCCAGCCACAUACAGCUGAAGUUUCCUACAUUGUUUCAAGGAGUCAUGAUCAAGGAAUGGCACCAUCUGAACAUAUGGCUCCACCUCAUUUGGGUGAGGAGUUUGUCCCCCACCGUAGUGUAAAUCACCAACCAGAUAUCCAGCCAUUUACUACUGAUGUUUCCGGCAGUACUUCUGAUGGUCAUGAUCAAAGAGUAGCAGCACCUGAGCCUGCUGCUCCUCCAGCUCAUCUUGGUGUGGAUCCUGUUCUUCACUCUAGAGUAAAUCACCAACCAGAUCUCCAGCCACAGGAUGCCAAAGAUGUCUUUCCAACUCUAAGUGACAAUGUUAACCAGCAAGUUACAUUAAACCCCAAUGAAUUACCCAGAAGCACUGCAGAACAACCCUCAGGGCCACACCAUGGGUCCAUGGCUCUACCACCUGAAAUGUCAAAAACAACAUCAUAUUCUGCACAGGAACAAAUUAUGCAACCUCCCAAGGUUGAAGCAAAACCAGAACCAACACCAAUGUCAUUGGCAUCUUUGCUUCAGGGGGGGAAGAAGCAACCUAAGAAGAAAGAAUCUGAUGUGGAUAAGAGUUCUCAGAGUCCAGUUCCAAUGCAGUCUUUCUCAAACACGGUGCAGGAUUCCUCAUCUCUUCUCUCUGCACAAGAGAGAGACAAUCAUCCUUUUGAUUCAAGUGGCAGAGUUGAUGAGAGACCUCAGCGUGAGUAUGAUUCAAGUGACCCUCGUGAUGCAGAUUCACCAGAAAAUUCAAGGCGCAGAGAUGAUCAUUAUUAUGACCAAGACAGAAGGGACCCAUAUUAUGAAGAUGACAGAAGGGAUUACAGGCGAGAACAUGACAGAAGGGAUUAUGGUAGAAGGGAAUAUGACAGAAUGGAAUAUGAAAGGAUGGAGUAUGAUAAUCGUGACAGAAGGGAACUUGAUCGAAGAGAAAGUGACUACAGUAGAAGAGAUUAUGAUUCUAGGGAUUACGACCGAAGGAGAAAUUAUGACAGAAAGGAGAGUUAUGACAACAGGGAUCCUUAUUACGGUUACGGGUCCCCAAGACAAGGAAGAAGGAGUUAUGAUGAUCGUAGAACUUCCAGAGAAGAUUUGUACAGGGGUUCUGACCCUGCAUAUCCUCAUUCAUACCACAGUGGACGCAGCACUCCUUUAUCUGAUAGAAACAGUCCUGCUUAUGACUAUUCAUCACCUUCGUACCCCUCUCAUCAUUACGGCUAUCCAUCAUAUCUUGAUACUCAAUCCAUGGACAUGUACCAGUAUUUAACAAUGUUGUACUAUUACUAUCCACAACAUUAUGAACAGUAUUGUGCCCAGCAGGGAUACUUUAACAUGGGCUAUACCCCAGAGCAGAUGGCUCAGUUCUACAGUGGAACCCAGUACCCUCCUGGUUACCAAAACUCUCAGCCAGAGCAGGCUGCUCAGACUGAAGUCCAAGAAACUGAACCAGCACGUCUGACUCCACAAUUGUACAGAGUCCAACAUCCCUUAGUACGCUUUAGUGGCAACAGGUUGAUCUCCCUCUUAGGCAGUGAGGAAGAAGACGAACAGCCUAAGUGUGUGGUUGCCACAGUUCAGAUGGUGUUUAAGGAAGAACAGAUAAAUCUCAUCAAAGCAUUUCCAGGCCCACUCUCAAGCUUGUACUCAAGUAGAACAGAAGUAAUGGCUUAUUGUGAACAACGGAGUGCUACAACAAACACAUCUGUUGAAGUAGUGAAAUCUCUCAUAUGGAAAAUUCUUGGAAAUCUAGUCAAGCACAGUGGAGCCUUUGUACCAUCUGAUCUGGCUGAAAUCAUCAUGGCAAACUGGCGGACUUCUAAUGCAUCAGAUCAGCACGAGUUUCUAUCUGCUGAGAAUGCCCUGCCAGCUUCUGAGUCUGAAAAGAACAAACAUGUCACAGUUUACAGAGAGAUGCUUUUAGCAGGUGCAACUAAGGAUGCCCUAGAGUACACCAUGAGAUAUGGUUUGUGGGGACAUGCUAUGAUGCUGGCAGGAAAAAUGGAUAAGAAAGUGCAGAAUGAUGUUAUGACAAGGUUCAUGAGGACAAUGACUGAUUUUGAUCCAAUCCGUACAGUUUAAGAUCACCUUUCAGGAAGACAACCUGUUGCACUGAUGACCCCUGAUGACUGGCAACGCAAUCUUGCAGCAAUGGUGGCGAAUCCACCCCGUCAGCAUCCAAAGAGUAACAAGAAGAAUAUCAUUUGUUUAGGAGAUACUCUGAUGGCUAAUGAUCAGGUUUGGGAAGCACACUUAUGCUACCUGUUGGCUUCUGAAAAGUUUGGUUUUCCAUCUGACGAUAAGAUGAAGAUGUCAC